CCCUCGUAUUUUUAUAUGCAUAAAGAUUCGUUACAUACGUAUCAGGUGUUUUGAUACACUGCAUGUAAUAAAAAUGUGUUUAGGUUCAGUUGUAUUGUACAUAUUGGAAUAAGUUGGUCGGAAAGAAACAUUUGAAAGGAAAUUAAUAAAUUUUAUGGGUCUUUGUCUAAAUACGAGUGUUCGAUUCUAAUGAAGUUGGUGUAAAUGUAAUUUUUCUAUUUAAUCAACAGAUUAAAUUGAUCAAUUUCAAACAUUUCUGUCACAUAACCUACAUAUUUUCUCAUGCUGUUUUUCCAUUUUGUGAUUAUAAUCGGUUUAAAAUGUUAAAAAGAAUCGGAUUUCAUAUAAAAGUAACGUACAACAACGCGCCGUUGCGUUUUAUUAGCAAUUUAUCGAUAAAACCUAAAGAAAAUGUUGAAGAUAAAAUGCAAGCUUGGCAGAUACAUUCGUAUGGUGGCUUGGAAGAAUUAAAAUUAUCGCAUGUUAGAAUACCAAUGAUCGCUAAACCAACAGAGAUUCUCGUUAAAGUCGAGGCAUCUAGCAUAAACCCAAUAGACAUCGCUAUGACAAGAGGAUACGGUGCAACAAUUCUAAACUUUAUGCGAAAAACAAGAAGUUUUACUGGUGCUCCCUACGAUGAAUUAGAACUUCCGUUAACUUUAGGCAGAGAUUUUUGUGGUAUAGUAGUCUCAAAAGGGCAUGGUGUAGAGACCGAGCUAAAGUUAGGAGAUCAAGUAUGGGGUGUAGUACCUGUAGAACAGCAAGGUUGUCAUGCUAAUUAUGUAGUUGUUGACAGUGAUACGGUUAGGCCAUGUCCUAAAAAUUUAUCGUGCGUUGAAGCAGCCAGUAUACCGUAUGCCGGACUCACGGCAUGGUCCGCAUUAUGGAUUACUGGAGGACUAUGUUCCAAAACUGUGUCAAGUAAUAGCAGUGUAUUAGUACUCGGUGGGUCAGGAGGAGUCGGAACUUUGGCGGUACAACUUUUGAAGGCUUGGAACAUGCAUGUUGUUACUACUUGUAGCAGCGACGCUGUAAAUUUGCUACAAAAAUUGGGUGCAGAUGUUGUAAUAGAUUACAAAUUAGAGGAUGCUGAUUCCAGAAUAAUUACAGAGGGACCGUACUACCUAAUUUUAGAUUGUGCUAAUCUGGGACCAAAUCAUGUGCGAUUUAAACGUUAUCCACAUUCCACGUAUAUUACUUUAAACUCGCCGUUAUUAAAAAACAUUGAUCAGCGUGGAUUAAUAGUUGGAACGAUGAAAAAUAUUGGAGAAUUAGUGAAAUAUAAUAUUCCAAUAAUUGAAAAUAAAGGUACCGUGAAAUGGGGAUUUUUUAUGCCUUCGGCAACAGGACUUAAAGUGCUUGAAGAAUUUGUUAAAAAUGGAAAGAUAAUACCCGUCGUCAAAAAAGUAUAUCGAUUUCACGAGUUACCGUUGGCCUACGAAAGAGUAGCUCGUGGCCACUUGAGAGGUAAAUUGGUCGUCGAUAUGAGGUAGUGUUUUUAACAAGAAUUACUAAAUUAACAUGUAACAUGUUACAAAUUAAUUUAAUUAUUCGAUCAAGUGGCAAUAAACAUGAUGCGCGAAACAUUA